GCUGCGGUGUCUGCGCGGGCAGGGCGGCGGGGAGCGCGGGCUGCGAGAGGCGGGUCGGGCCGAGCCUGCGCGGGAGUGCGGCGGGCGGCGGGCGGCGGCGGCGGCGGCGGAGGAGCUGGGCCUCGCGCCUCAGCUGUGCGGCGGAGCCGGUCCCCGCGGCGCCCGCCCUCCAGCCCCCCGGCCGCCGGCGCGCUCUCCCAGGCCCGGGCGGCGCCUCGCGGCGCGUUUGAAAUCAUGAACCCUGUCUACAGCCCUGGGUCUUCUGGGGCCCUCUAUGCAAACGCCAAAGGGAUUGGCUAUCCAGCUGGCUUCCCCAUGGGCUAUGCAGCAGCCGCUCCUGCCUACUCCCCCAACAUGUACCCUGGAGCCAACCCAGCCUUCCAAACAGAGUGGUUGUGCCACUUUCUGGACACCAGCAGUGUGCGAGAGUCCUGGUCCUGCGCUGCCUUGCCGGCACUCGGCUACAGUCCCGGCACACCGUACAAAGUGUCCUGCUCCCCCACCGGUGGGGCGGUGCCGCCGUACUCCUCUUCCCCCACCCCUUACCAGACGGCCGUGUACCCCGUGCGGAGCGCCUACCCCCAGCAGAGCCCGUACGCACAGCAAGGCACGUACUACACGCAGCCUCUGUACGCCGCGCCCCCUCACGUCAUUCACCACACCACCGUGGUGCAGCCCAACGGCAUGCCGGCGACGGUCUACCCUGCUCCCAUCCCUCCGCCUCGAGGCAGCGGGGUCACCAUGGGUAUGGUGGCUGGAACCACUAUGGCCAUGUCGGCAGGUACCCUGCUGACUGCCCACUCCCCAACUCCUGUCGCCCCCCACCCUGUCACUGUGCCCACGUAUCGGGCUCCAGGAACUCCCACCUACAGCUACGUGCCCCCUCAGUGGUGAUCACCUUGCACAUGUUUGAGGACGGAGCUGUGCAGUCACAUCACGCAGGUUCCACAGCUGGUGCUGCAGGGCCUUGAGCCUCCAACCAGGACUUUCUUCUUAAUGCUCGCGACACUUAGCUGAACACUACUACGCCCGGUCCGGCAGUUCCCAGCACCAUUUAGUCUCCAACUAAUUCUGUGGGUUGGUCUUAAAGCAAAUCCUCUUUUGUGGGCUGCCUGGCAAUUUUUUUUAGCUAAUUGUAAUGAUAAAAGGGAGUAAUAAUCUAUUCUAAAUCAUACCUAGUCGAAUGCAUGUUUUACGAAACAAACACAAAAAGCUUGCUCCAUCUACCUGCAGUGGCUGAUGCUAAACCAUCAUACGCAAAACCCAAAGGGACGGAAAAGGAUUUUACAGCUUGUGUCGCUAAUGCACUGUCGUAAUGUCUGUGAAGUCUUAAAGUCACAAGUGUUGAUGUGAAUCUCUUCAUGGAGCGUCUGAAAUCCCUUAGGCUCUUCAGCCGUCUGGGGCCGAUGUGGUUGCCUGCCAGGUGGCGAUGUGACUUUUUCUUUUCUGCCGUGUGUUUCUUGUGCACUGACAGCGCCGCAAGGAGUCGGGGGCCAGGAGUCCACCACUCCUGGGGUGCAGUCAGGACAGCCCAGCCCUUCCUUCCACUCAGCCUGGCCAGGUCGGUGAAAUGUGGGCGGCAUGCACAAGGAUGAUUGUGGCAGGUUAGAGUUUUGUGACCAGUCCCCCUUGGGGGCAAGAGGUGGGACAGGAGCAGCGAAGCAAUGUUCUCCCGCAUGCCUUCCUUUCCUCUCCAGCCUGUCACAGUUAGAGACGAUGCGUUCCAUCUUUUCUGGAGAGCUCGUGUGUAGAGCUGAGUUACUUUCCUGGAAUAGAAGGCACACGAGCGACAACCACACUUGGAGGUGUUGGCCUCUCACUCGCUCAGCUUACAACAUCAUCCCUUUUCUUUUUCCCUGAGAAAAAAUCUCUGUAGGCAUUUCUUAGCCUCUCCCCACAAAGAAGGGCCGCCAUUUCAGCUGUGUAUUCUGAAGGAAGUUGUAUAUUUAAAGACUAUUAAAAGGGAUCAGUUUUUAUUUUAAAUUGCUUGUUUUCUUGUAGAGAGGCUGGGCCAAGGCUGUGUCUGGCCCUGCCCACCUGAUGGGCUUGUCCUGAGAGCUGAGAGCUGAGGGGGUGAGCUGCCUGAGCCUCUCCUGCCUCCCUCCCUGCGGCCGGACGUGCUCUGUGCAGGGCAGGCGUGGGCUGGCUCUGUAGGGGACUUUGUGUUUCAGAUCUGAAUUUUGUACAUAAGCCGAGUUUUUUGCUUCCCCCCCCCCCCCCGCCUUCCUAAAUGUACCCAACUUGUAUUGUUGGAAGUGUCUGUUUUCAGCUUGUCAGCAAGGGUGAGGGGAAGUGUUUUAUUUUUUAUUCCCUUUCAUCAGUAUUUCAGAUGAGGUGUGGUGGCCCAGUGCCUGCCCUGGUGUGUCAAGUGCUGUGGACUUGGAUUAGGGAGAGGACCCUGCUCUUGUUUUUGGCAGCUAGUUAAGGGCUUUGGCACUGGUUUGGCAUUCAGCCCAGUUGUGAGUGGGACACCUGACCCCUGAACCUUUAGUGCUUUUUUUUUUUUUUUUAUAGUAAGUACUCUGCAUAGUCUUUUUCACAUUUUGUAAAGGGUUUGUUUAGGAACAUUUUUGCAUGGAUCACUAUAAACAGAAGGUUCCUUAUUCCUCAUGCCUAUUAACAUGGUUCGUUUGCUGAGAAGUACUUUCAAUUACUUUAGAAGCACUGAGCAUGUGUGCAGCUCGUGCACGUGCAAGUGUGUGCGCUGGCCGUUCUGCCUAGGCGCAGUGUCCACUUACUCAGCUCUGUUGGUAAUUCCAUCAGUGUAGUAGAUGGUCUGUAAUCUGGGUAGGUUCUAGAGAUUCCAGGGUCUGGGUGGAGGAACAGAGCAGUCAGCUUCCAAGUUUAAUGAUAAUAGACUAGAAGGAAAUAGUCACCGUUGCAGUGUACGCUUCAGUGAAAAGCCCCGGACAACAAAAUGGGAAAAUACCUACAUGCUGAGGUGUAAGAAGCAGAGCCCUUUGCAGUGAGGAAGCUGCAGGAAGUCGUGUAAAAGGCUUGCCAGGACUUGGCACACACAGUGCAAGUGUCUCCUCCACAAGCACCGAAUCAAAUGUCUUCAAGAGAAAGAGUGGGCUGCACCCCCCUCUCCCCACAGAUCAGCUUCAUAGUCUCCAAUAUCAAAAUAGAUAGAUACCUUUGAUGAAUUGGGAAGCUUUAUCAAAUACUUCUACAUUACAGAAUGCAUUUGUGCGUAAAUCUUUCCAAUUUUGAAACUGUCGGGCAUCAGCUAUCAAGUAUGAUGAAAGGUAGAUGUUGUCUAGUGCUAGAAUCUGGACGUAAGACUAUUAGCAAAGCUAUAUCAUAGGUUAUACUUUGAGCAGCAUUUACCUCCAGUACAAUUAAGGAAUAAAACUUCUGUUAAUACAGUUGCAUAAUUUGGCGUCUCACAGUAAUGGAAUAGAAAAACCUUUAUUUUUCUGUAUGUGACAUUCCUAAUGUAAGAUUUUUUUUUCACUCAAUUAUGGUUCUUUUAGAAAUUGAGACAGGCUAGUGAAGGACCUAGUAUCUAUAAAAUAUGGACAUCAUUAUGAAUAUUUAACAAAUGUUCUCCAACCUCUCCUGUUAGGAUUUAGAAGGCCAUUUUUCUCUUUAAAGGAGUCUUGUUGGACUAGGGCCAGGUGACUCACGCUCAGCAGGGAGGAGUUCCGUAAGCUCAGUGCCUGAGAAGUCAGUGGGCUUGAGGACACUUCCAGAACCUUCUCUCUCUCUCCCUCUCUCUCUCUCUCUCUCUCUCUCUCUCUCCGUCACGUGUCUUCAUUAGACCUCUCAGCUACUCCUCUGACUUCCUUGAGUGCCAUGCAGGUGUCGUAUGCAGGAGUGAGGACUCCUGAGCCGAGCGAGGGUGGGAGCACAGGGCCAACAGCCUGCCCUCCCGAGCUGCGUAUGUCCCUGGGACGACGUGGGGUGGGUGGCUGCUUCCCUCUGUCCUCACACUGCUGCGCUACUUUCCUCCUCUCUGGGCUGGUUACCACCUGACUGGCUGUUGUGAAGGCGGUGUUAUGUUGGAGGUGGUCUUUCGGGGGAGGAAGUGAAUCUUCAGUCUAUGAGGAACAGGAGACAGACUUUCUUAGGACAGCGACUGAGGAGAGGCAGGUGUUUGCAACCUCCAGGAUGUGCCUGGGGCCCAUGGGGAAGAGGUGCCAAGCCUCCUCUCAGCUUCCGAGCCCCUGGGGACCGGCCUGCACGUGCACAAGCUCAGGUCCCUGUACCCGCAGGCUGGCUGCGGACAGCUGGGUCAGGGUCGGGCUGUCUCUGCUGUGCCCCGAUGGGGUCACCGGACAUGCACUCAGGAGGCCUGAGCAGCACGGGUCAUGCGUGACUGACAGUGGUUCCUUCCCGCUUAAUGUGUUUUUUAAAUACUGUUUGUUUGUUUGUUUGUUUUGAGCCUGCUUUCUUGGUACUGUUUUUAAGCCUAAGUCGUCAGCAUCGUCUUCCAGUGUUAGGGGCGUCUCUCACGUCUACAUCUGAUUUUCUGUGUCGAUCAAUACAAAACCAUCCUGAGCCAGUUCCACCAUGUGUAAAUUCUUACUAUCUUAAUUUUUUUAUUCGAUCUGAUGAGUAGGUGAGCUCAGAUUUAAAAUCCUUAAAGCACGUUUAUUGUAGCGAGAAUUGUUAAUGUAUUAACACUGCAGUUUUCAAUAAAGAUUGACUUGUGUUGCA